AUGUCCAGCGAACAAUUGAAUAACCUGUUGACUACCAAAGUUGAAGACAAUGUUCCAUUGUCGAUUCUGCUACCGAACACUGUGGAGAUAAUGGAGAUUAAGCAAGAGAUGGAACAUCGUGAUGAGGAAAUGCCCGUAACGAUGAAACGGGAGUUAGAGUCGGAACCUGAGAAUUGCCCGCAACCAAUUGGCCAAUUGGUUAAGUUUACUGGUGAGGGGGAAGAGAGGAAACGUCAUUACGAGAAGUUCCAGUUUCAUGGCACAAAAUAUGAAUUGAAUGAUACAGUGGUGCUGACUCCAGAGGACGCAAACAAAAAGCCCUAUGUUGCGAUCAUAAAGGAUAUUUAUGUAGAAGACACAGAAGGAUCUAUGAUGCUUUCUGUCCAGUGGUUUUAUCGUCCAGAAGACGUGGACAAAAAAUACGUUAGACACUGGAAAUCCAAAGAUGCAAGAGAACUCUUGUACAGUACCCAUCGCGAUCAAGUGAUUGCUGAAUCUGUGAUGAAAAGUUGCUCUGUGUAUUUUGUGCCAAAGAAUCAGCAGAUCCCAAACCGUGGAGAGUACCCUGACUUUCUUUUUUGUGUGCAAUCAAAGUACCCUGACUUUUUUGUGAGACUUAUUUAUGAUUGUGUUAAGAAGAAGGUGUGGAUGCUCAGUGAAACCAACUUCACCAAGAAGCAGCGACAAAAUUUUGAUGCUGUUGUGGCAAAGACGAUUGAGAAGAAGAGAAAGUUGAGGAGGAAACAAGCGUUUCCAAGAAGGAAUGCUGCUGAAGGCUUCGUGUACAAGAACUCGCAGAAUGAUCACAUUGUUGAUGAAGGAACCGCUGACUAUGAGGAGUCAGUAGCAUCAACCUCCUGUGUUAACUCUGAUUCUUAUCUCGACGAUUUUUGA